AUGCGGUGUUGCCGUCGUUUGAGGGGGCAUCAGCCUGUGGUGGCAGUGGCGACUGGGAUGGAGGAAAAACAGCAAAUGAAGCAACCUUCUCUUCCACCAGAGCAGGCAGUCUACCUGAAGCCGAGCCGAAGUCGACGCCGCAAAGCAACCUUUCUUUUUACGCGGAUGCGUGAUAGUCCGCCUGCUUACGCAUUUAGAGCACCACCGCUUGGUACGGCAUUACCGCUUUUUUGCAUUACGUCCUCUUCAUGUGAGUACUAUGCCCUGCGGCUACCGCUUUUGAAGGCGGGUUUUAAGCGUCUUCCCACCGGCACCAAUUUCUCUCUCCCGAGCAAUGUCCUUUGGGGACGUUCCAUGCCUCUAUAUCCCGCUGUAGGUGUUUACCAUCUCCCUUCUUCAUCGUCACCAUCGCAUUUGUCGUCGUCGUGUACGUCUCCACAUGCAGAUGGUGCUACAGACAAUAUCGUCUUUCCAGCGUCAUCCGCUGCCACAAACGAGGAGGCAGAGACUUCCAGUUCAGUUCGAAUGGUGUGCAAUCAUCAGCGUUUUAACCACUUCCCACGCAGUCAUGUUAACGUUGGCUGUAAGUGGGGGCUAACAAGACGCCUGCGCCAAGUGUCGAAAUUAAUUGAAGAAGUUGGAGAAGAUAAGACGCUCUACGAUUUUGUUCCACGCACAUGGGUGUUUCCAGACGAAAGUGAAGUGCUUUUCAAAGCCCUGGCAGAAGCACCGUCUACGCAACGUUUUAUUUGGAAACCCGCGCGUGGGAGUUGCGGUCACGGUAUAUUUACAUGCUUGGGUGGGACUAAGAACACGCCGCGUUGGCAACGUCUGGCGGCGGAGAUUAAAAAUCGCAUAUUGACGGAGACGCCAGGGCCUGGUAUGGUGGGACGCAAGUAUGUUGUCCAGGAAUACAUUGAGAAUCCAUUAUUGCUUAACGGACGAAAAACGGAUCUUCGCCUUUACGUAGCGGUGACAAGCUACGACCCGUUGACCGUCUAUCUUCAUGAGGAAGGUCUUGUGCGUCUGGCGGCGCAGGAAUAUAGCAGUGCUGGCAAUGGGCCAAACUUUGAUCCCUUCCGUGACCUCACAAAUUACUCCGUGGGGAGGCGAUGGCAUACACGGGGCAAACAAUCUCACAUUCAAGGGGAGGAGGAUAUUAGUGUGGUAUCUGAUAUCUCUUCGGGCGAGAAGUUAUCUCCGCCGUCAUUAGAGCUCAAGAAGAGUCUGAGUGACUUGUGGGAGCAUAUUGACGCUAUGCACCCGGCGGUAACGCCAAUUAAUACGUCGCUACACCGGCACAUGUCAGAGAGAGUCAAGGAAGAAAUUGCGCGUGUGAUUGUCAAAACUCUGCUUGCCGUGAAGGUUCCUUUGGCGACUGCCACAUGUAGCCUCUCCGUUCCCGGCGGCUUUUUUGAGCUUUAUGGAUUUGACUUGAUGCUAGAUUCGAAGCUUAAGCCGUGGCUUGUCGAGGUGAAUACGUUGCCCUCUCUUGCCAGCUCGUCCCCUCUCGACUAUGCGGUCAAGACAAAUAUUGUGGCCGAUCUUUUAAAUCUUGCAAUGAUUGAACCGUUUGAGCGUCCUGUAUCUUGCUUUGACGAGCUGGACGACGAGUUGCGUCUCUCUGGCAUCCUUGAUCCUCUCUCCAAAGAAGCUGCAGAAACCGUUCAUCGGUGGUGCGGCGGCGCGAGUCGUGACCCUCGACCGUUGAAUGAUACUGAGGCCAGAGAGGAGGUGGGGCUUCGCCUACAGGACGAGCUGGUCUACUGCGGUGGAUUUCAGCGCAUUUUCCCACCAUUGCCAUCAGCGCAGAGACUCUCCAUAAUGAACGAGGUGGACGUUUUCUCCCGUUGUCUUUGCUUCUCUAAAGCUGAUAUAUGGGCCCUAGAGGUAUAA